AUAGGAAAGGGAAUUGUCCUGAAAAUGUGGAAGCUCCCAUGUGUAUGACUAUGGUGCACCGUUCGAACCUUCUGCACUAUUUACUUCUUUGCAAAGGAAAAAGAAAACAUUUUUCAUCAACUCCGACCUUCUCUCUUCACUAGACGUUCUAUUCUAAUCGGAGAAAGGAAUGGCCCUAGAAGCCGCAGACGUUGCCACCCCUCCUCAAUUGGCUCUCGCCGACACCGACGUCAACUGGGACAGGCUGGAUAAGACAAGGUUUCACGUGAUCGGGGCUAUUCUAUUUACAAUUCAGUCAGCCUUAAUACACCCUACAGCGGUUGUGAAGACAAGAAUGCAAGUAGCUGGAUCUGAUAUCUCUAAGGUGAAUGGGCUAUCUGUUUUCAGACACAUUAUCAGGAGUGAUGGUAUUCCUGGUAUUUUCAGAGGCUUUGGCACAUCAGCCAUUGGAUCGUUGCCAGGUCGAGUGUUGGCUUUAACUUCACUUGAAAUGUCAAAGGAUAUGACCCUGAAAUACACAAAAGGCCUGGAUAUGCCAGAAGCAACAAGAAUUGGUAUUGCAAAUGGAGUUGCAGGAAUGGUUUCCAAUUUAGUUUCCUGUGUAUACUUUGUACCCUUGGAUGUGGUCUGUCAGAGGUUAAUGGUUCAAGGGGUUCCAGGGACUACAAUUUGCAAUGGUCCAUCUGAUGUUGUACGCAAAGUGAUAAGAGCUGAAGGAUUUCGUGGCUUAUAUAGAGGUUUUGGACUAACAGCUACAUACCAAACUCCUGCAUCGGCUCUUUGGUGGGGUUCUUAUGGUUCUGCCCAACACAUGAUUUGGAGGAGUCUGGGCUACAGUGAUGAUAUGGAAAAGAAACCAUCACAUGUAGAAUUGGUUACUGUCCAAGCCACAGCCGGCAUGGUAGCUGGUGCUUGUUCUUCAAUGAUUACGACUCCUAUAGACACUGUCAAGACGAGACUACAGGUAAUUGAUAAUUAUGGUGUAGGAAGGCCUUCAAUAAUGAAGACUGUGAAGACCCUUCUUAAAGAGGACGGAUGGAUAGGCUUCUACCGAGGAUUUGGCCCUCGGUUUCUCAACAUGUCUUUCUAUGGAACCACAAUGAUUGUGACAUACGAGCUUAUAAAGAGAUUGUCAGUGAAGCAAGCUUGAUAAGGCCGUCGUCGUCUCAUUAUUUUGCCACUUAGUAGAGAAUCUGGUGGCUAAUUUUGGUUUCUCUUGGAAAGUAUCUCUUGUGUGACUGAUUAAUUCUUUACUUAGUCAUAGUUGGGUAGCGCUUCCCUUUUUAUUCUUUUUUAGCUAACCCUGUAUACUUCUCUAUGUAAAAAGCUUGUUUCUCAGUAGUUAGUGACUGAUAAUUACAUUUAGUGGCGAAGCUUUGUAACUUUUUGAGACAACCCACGCAUAAUAUUUAUUACUAAUCUCUUCUUUCA